AUGCCGGACCAUUCCAUCUCCUCUGAACUCACCCUAGGGAGACUGGAGCUCCCAAAACACGAGAUCGAACAAGACCUGGAAGACAUCCAGUUCGAGCCGUUGAACAACUACUUUGGCUCGAUCGUUCGAAACGCGCAGGUGAAAUUCCGCGACGACGCCGAGGCGGAAGCACCGGAGGAUCUUCCUUAUCUUGUUCAUGGGGACUCCGAGAGCGAUGAGGAACAGUUCGACCCUCAGCGAUGGAUGGCCACAAGGCGGUUUCUAUCCAGCAACUCAGGCUCAGGCUCGCUGGGUGAAAUCACCGUCGGGGGUGCCGUUGUGGAGAAUGUCUCUUUAGUCGUCCCCAAAGAUAGGAAUGGUGGUUUUGGCGACCUUCCUGUGUUGCCUAUUACGGCGGUGGGGCAGGAGAAGACAGAGCUGGUGGCCAUCGUGGGUAACGAUACAGAGGCGGGCGCAGCCACCAGUAUUCCCAUUUUACUUAUGCCAGAUGAGGAAGCGUAUGAGGAGGAGUCGCCGCGGGUAAGCGGUGGUGAUAGCAUGUCGCGACUCGCAACUGCUUCGGUUCUUGCGAACUUGGGUACAAGUGAUACCAAACAGAAAGCAAAGCCCCAGGCAGAGCAGGACCCAAAGAAGGAGGCCGGCGAUGGCACGGCGACAGAUAAGGAGGUGACGAAGGACAAGGGAAAGAAAGAGGAGGAAGGCAAGGAUGAGAAAGACAAAGUUGCUAAGACCAAGCUGGAUAACUACGUGGUCUCUGGGGAUAUUAAAAACCUGUUCGGUAUUAAAGGGUUGAGGGGGAAACUGUACAAAUUCAAGGGUAAAGCUUCUACAGGCGACGAAUCUAAGACCUAUACUGACAUUCGUUUAGGCCCUGAAACUAAGGAGGACAAGGACGAAACGAAAGACAAGAAAGAAAACACGAAGGAAGGCAAGGAGGAAGGCAAGGCAGACGCGGAGGAUCAGCCAAGUGAGGUUGAUGAAGGAGAAGCCGAGCGCAAGGCCCAGGCUACAGGUAAAGAGACCCUGGAUAUGAAAGCUGACAGUGAUAAUAGCGGCUCCAAGGAAGACAAAGCUGGAAAAAAGGAUGAAAAGGGGAGUAAGGAUGAGAAGGACAAGAAAGAGAAAGAGAAAAAAGAGCCAGCUCGCGAGAAAGUCAAGAUUAAUCCAAAGAGUUUGGCUUUGUUGGGUAAGCCUUUGGGAACACUUCUUCCAUUCCUUGAGAGUGAAGAGAUCAAAAGCCUACCCAUCGAGAACCUCGAGUUCACUUACUGUGAAGAGAAGAGCGGCGCAUUUUUCCCUCCUGGUCUGCGUCUCGAGGUCGAUGUCCCACUCACGGGUAGCCUGCAAUGGGCGACAGAUGCAUUGCAGAAGAUGUUCGAUUUUGCGCUGCGAGGUUAUUUUGAGGAUUUUGGAUGCCAAACCUGGGACAUUCUGCAAUUCAAAGCCCUCGGGCUGGAACUUACAGCCACGAAGGCAGCGAGUAGGAAAUCCAGAGGCAAUAAAAAAGGAAAGGAUGGCAAGGAUACGGAGAAGAAAAAUGACACGGGCGACGAUGAGAGCGAGGAACAGGUAUCUCACAACGCUACGAAGGAACAACCGACUGAGGAGCCAGAUAGGACUCAAAGCGAUGAGCCGGAGGCUGAAGUCACGACAAAGCCGGCAUCAACGGUGCAGGUUGAACCUGACUCUACGGACAGUCAGCCCACUCAGGCACAGCAAGAUGAUGCGAAAGGCAAAAGUGAGGAAGUUGGUUCUUCUAAGCAGGACAAGGAGGAGAAGAGUGCAUCCAGAGAUAAGAAGAAGGACAACAAGGAUAAGAAGGACAAGGUGAAGAAAUCCUAUAAUUAUGGUUUCGGUUUCUUCGGAACCGUGUCGUUCAUCAAGGUUCCAUACGCUAAGUCACCAUUGGACUUACAUAUUAGGAUUGCUAGAGACUUUGAGGUAGAGAAAGAGAAGAAGGAGGAGGCGAAAAAGGAGGAAGGAAAAGACGAGAAAAAACAAACAAAAGAAGACGAAGGCGAAGAGAAGAAUGAGGGAAAGGAAGAUGCGUCGAAGAAGGUUGAGCCACUGGAGAAGAAAGACGAGCCGAGUAGUGACACCAAGAAGGCAAGUGAAGACACUGAACAGAUUGCUAAGGAUGCCAUCACUGCGGAUAGCACAGCAGAUAAUGGUGGCGAAAAGGCCUUGCAGCCGACAGAGAGAGAUAGUAAACCGAAGAAGGCCGAGGAGAAGAAGCAUUCGGAUGGUAGGCAUAAGAGAAUGUGGAACGUGGUGAUUUUCUGUGACGAGUGGAAGGAGAUUUAUGGUGUCAAGAACGUCUCAUUGAAAAAAGCCGAGCUCAAGUGGUCAUUCGAACAAGGGAACUUCAAGAAAACAAUGGCAUUUGACCUAUCUGCCGAUAUAAAGCUCGGCGCGGGGAGCUUCAAGGUCAAGGGCAAGGUCUCUAAGGAUGCUGAACUGGGUGAUGUCUCGUACAGCGACUUUAAAAAAAUACACGCUCAGAUUCAGGGUAAAGACGUCCCAGAGGAAAAGAAAAAAGAGGAGAAAGAAAAGUCCGCGGAAGAGAUCAAGAGUGAAAGCAAGAAGAAGGAAGAAGAGAAGAAGGAUGAGAAGGAGGACACUCAGGGCAACGAGGUCACGUUUAAGAAGAUCCGCCUCAAAAUAUCUACACAGUUCAUCGAAAAAGAGCAGACCAGGGUAGGAUCCUUGUUAUUUGAGGGCCACGUCACUUUCAACGGGAAGGCUAGCGCAAAAGCUCUACUCGAGAUCAAGAGGGAUGGCUUGACUAUUUCAGGAGGCCUUGCUGACUACCAGAUUCCUGACACCCCUGUUACCAUUGAGCAGGCACGGAUGCACAUUUUCAUAGGUUUCAAUCGGAACAAAAAGCAAAAGAAGAUUGAGGGGAGCGAGAAAAAUGACAACAAAUCAAUCACCGAUGCCCCGAGUCAAGGAGGAAAAAGCAGCCAGCCCGACCAGGGUGAAACAACGGCAGUUAUUACAGCUGAUGUAGACUCCAAGUUUGAUGAGAGUGACACCAAGGACGUUAAAAAGACCGAUGGGAAGGAGAAGAAGAAUAGACGCGAGAGUGAAUUUGCAGUUCUCGGUGUUGUUAAAAUCCAUGAAGUCACACUAUCCGUCGGUCUCUAUAUCGCACGCAAGAAUGACAAGGAGAGCCGUGAUUGGCUUGCCUUUGGCAGUGUCGAACAUCUUACAUUGUCCCAAUUGGUACCCGAGCUUAAGGACCCGCCCCUUAAUCUACAACUCGACAACAUUGCGCUCAUCGCGUCGUCAGAGGAUAGGGAGAUCACGGAGGAAGAGGAGGAAAAGAAGGAGGACAAGAAGGAUGAGAAGAAGGAGAAGAAGGGGGAUAAGGCGGAGGAGAGUAAGGCGGGAAGCAAAGAAGGAAAGAAAGAAGACGGGACUAUUGAUAAGAUACUAGACAUGAAGCAGAUUAUUUCGAAACCACAGGAUAAGAAGAUGGGGGGCCAGAAAGAGGACAAGAAGGACGAGACGAAAGAGCAAAGGAAAGGGGAGAAGAAAGCGGACAAGAAAAAGGACGAGAAGGACAUUGAUGAUUCCCAUGCAGGUGUUCUCAAGCAAGUCGAAUCCUACAAGUACCCUAUCCGGAAGGGAGUGCAACUAUGUGCGACCAUUCGGAGAUUUGACGCCCUGGAACAACUUAACGACAAGAAGCCAAUCGACGGCCUAAUAUUGAUCAUUGCCUUUACCCCUGAAGGACUCGAGAUCGGCAUUGACCUGCCGAAGACCUUACAGGUCAAAUUGCAUGACGAUGCCAUACUCGGUGACUUCGGGGCUAAGGUUCUUGCUGCCGAGGGAGCCCUUGCACUAUCUGCCACAUUGACACUGUCGGUUGAUGACCAAAAGCCCAUCAGAGUUAUCGGCGAAAUUAAAGGAAACGCCUUGAAAGCGAGUGCCGAUUUCUAUAUGCAUCGGAAUGAUAAGUGGAUCAAUCCAUUCCAGUUGAACGAGAAGGUGGUGGUAUCAAAACUAGGUCUCGGUGCGGGAAUCACAUAUGCCACAGUGUGUGCUACAGGACCUGAUAACAUGUCUAUCGCGGGGAGGAUUGACGUAGGAAAGGACUUCCAUGCCGAAAUGGUCCUCAGCCUGGGGGCGAAAAAAGAACAGGUGAUCUGCGUCGACAUAUCCGAAAUCAACGUAUCGAGGCUGGUUCAACUGGCUGGAGAGAUGACAGACAUCGUGGCGCUGCAAACCCUGAACGGAGGAGAGGACUUCCUCGUCUUCCGUGACAUCAAGUUCUAUAUGUCCACGGGCGGAAUGGUCCUUGGCAUCCGCUAUGAUCGGGGCAUACAUGUCAGAGGCAUGAUGGAAUUCUUCGGCAAGAAGGGCGAGUUUAAUGGUCGAAUCCGCGAGGACGGCGUUACGAUCAAGGGAGCCAUCGAUAAUUUCAACAUCGGCGGCCUUGAAGUUCGGUCAGCCAGGGCCGAGGGCGAACGGGCGACGAUGGAUAUCGAGAUGACAGGCGAGAAGCAGAAGGUCCUGGUGGAUGGGGUAAUCAGCUUUCAUGCCUUUGAACUGAGUAUCUUAAUUGACGCGUAUCUGCAAGACAAGCGCUUAGAGGCCGAUAUCUCCAUCAAGUUUACUGAGCAUAUACUCCUGCGUUUGAAGGCAAACGCAAGCGUCUCCGAUUUCCGAUCAUUGGACGGAAUUGUGAUGAACUUCGAGGCGGAGAUUCGCCCCGAUGUAAUCGGAGCAAUCUUUGAAGCAAUCAACCAGGCCAUAGGUACACUUGGAAAGAUGGCAUCGGAUAAGAUUAAGGAAAUCGAGGAAGAGCUCCAAAGACAGGUGGACGAGAAAGAAUCCGAGCUCAGAAAGAUGGAUGAGGGUCUGCAACGUCUGAAGGAACAAGUGGAUAAGCAGGUACAGAAGCGAAAUCACCAGAUCGACGAAGAGAGCCGGAAAAGGAAGAAUCUAGAAGAAGAGCUCAAGGGGCUGGAGAAGGCAGUAGAGGCGGCCGAGGCAGAACAGAAUAAGAACGAGCGCGAUAUCAGAAACUUGAAAGCCAAGAAAGAAAAGAAGGAGCGAGAAUUCGAUGACAAGAUACGCGAGAAAGAACUCGAGUACCAGCGUAAAGAACAGGAAGAGCGCGACAAGCAGAAAAAAUGGGAAAAAGAACGGGAGAAACUAGAAAGAGAAAAAGAAGCGUCCUUCGGUGAUGCAUUGAGGAGUAAAGAAGAGGCCGACCGCAGCUGGGCCUGGUGGGUGGUUAACUGGGUGGUGAAGAAGCAAGAGCUUGAGCUAGAAUGGAUGCACGGGAAGAAAGCAGCUGAUGCUGAGGCUCGUCAUGCCGCGGAGAAAAUCCUCAGCACUCCUUUAUGGAGGACAAUCGAGAAGGGUCUCAACGAGGCUGCAGAGCAGAUUGAGAAACAUGCCAAAGCUUUAGAACAUAUCAUCAACGGUGAAGGCUAUAAGGCUAUUCAGGCACUGCAAAAGGAUAAGAGAAGGGAGCUUCAGAAUCAGAUUGCGACGCUCAAAAGGCUCGAAGAGACCAGUAAAGAAAUCGAGACGAAGCUCAAUGCAGCCCGCCAGGCGCUGAAGAAAAACAAAGGUCGUAUUACUCAGGAGGAGAAGACGCUGCAAAAGGAGGUCGAGAGGUUGCAAGGCGAGCUCAAAACGAGGCCCUUCGAAGAUGCGUAUAAGGCCAAGCUCCAGGAGCAUGAAAGUGUCAAGGCUCAGAUGAAGAACAUCCAGAAGAAGCUUUCAGAGAUCCGAUCGGGAAUCGACAAGGCUACGAAAUCGGCGCAACGAUAUGUUCAUGUGCUGAAGCAGGCCACACCAGCGGUGGAACGCAUUCUUGUCACUGGUUCUACUGACGUAUUGGCCAAGAAUAAGCCACUGACAUUCAAGAUUGAGGCCCGCUGGAUGGGUAAGCCAGUCCACGCUGAGGUGCAAUGGGCACCCGGAUGGAAUGUAGCCGAGCUAUAUGAUCAAAUUGGCUUGAAGGUACUGGAGGCUGCAGGCGAGAAAGCCUGA